UCCGUGUCAGUGGCAACGUAAAUGGCGCGACUCCCUAUGGGCAUUCGCUUUGUUGUCUCGUUCUCCAGGGAUCAGCGGUACAGAGCCUUCACUUUCUCUCUGACGUUUUUGCUGUAUGCCAGCUUUCACUUAUCUCGGAAGCCUAUCAGCAUAGUGAAGGGUGAGCUCCACAAGUACUGCACUGCGUGGGAUGAUGCUGAAGUCAGACUCAGCAGCCAGAGCGACAAGGCUGGGUCUGCUACCCCUCAUCAGCUCCCAGACAACAAGACCGACUGCGGCUGGGCGCCGUUUGAUAAGAGCAACUAUCAGCAGUUGCUGGGGGCCCUGGAUUACUCCUUCCUGUGCGCCUACGCCAUUGGGAUGUACCUGAGUGGCAUCAUAGGGGAACGUCUGCCGAUUCGGUACUACCUGACUUUUGGGAUGCUCGCCAGUGGAGCCUUUACCGCCCUGUUUGGGUUGGGGUAUUUCUACAAUGUCCACAGUUUUGGAUUCUACGUGGUAACUCAGAUCAUCAAUGGAUUGGUGCAGACCACCGGCUGGCCCAGUGUUGUCACCUGCCUCAGCAACUGGUUUGGAAAAGGAAGGCGUGGUUUGAUUAUGGGCAUCUGGAAUUCCCACACCUCAGUGGGCAACAUUUUAGGGUCCCUGAUUGCUGGCUACUGGGUGUCCACAUGCUGGGGCCUGUCCUUCGUCGUUCCUGGAGCCAUUGUGGCAGCCAUGGGGAUAGUGUGCUUUCUCUUUCUCAUCGAGCAUCCGAAGGACAUCAGGUGCUCCUCCACCCUGCUGACGCAUUCAAAAGGCUAUGAGAAUGGUACAAACAGAUUUAGACUCCAGAAGCAAAUCUUUAACAAUGAGAAGAACAGGCCUCUGGACCCAGAGAUGCACUGCUUACUGCCAUCCGACGGUAAUGGCACCCAGCCGAACCACAUCGUCGUUCUCCCAGGGGACGGCGGGAGUGGCAUGGCCGCCAUCAGCUUCAUAGGGGCCUUGAAAAUUCCAGGCGUGAUCGAGUUCUCUCUGUGUUUGCUGUUUGCCAAGUUGGUCAGCUAUACUUUCCUGUUUUGGCUUCCACUGUACAUCACAAAUGUAGAUCACCUUGAUGCCAAAAAAGCGGGGGAGCUCUCCACCUUGUUUGAUGUGGGUGGGAUCUUCGGUGGAAUCCUGGCAGGUGUGAUCUCAGACCGGCUGGAGAAAAGAGCCUCCACUUGUGGCCUGAUGCUACUGCUUGCAGCCCCGACGCUCUAUGUCUUUUCCACCGUCAGCAAAAUGGGUCUGGAAGCCACUGUAGUGAUGCUGCUCCUCAGUGGGGCCCUGGUCAGUGGGCCCUACGCGCUAAUCACCACAGCCGUCUCCGCCGACCUGGGGACUCAUAAGUGUCUCAAAGGAAACUCCCACGCCCUGUCCACCGUGACUGCCAUCAUCGAUGGAACCGGGUCUGUAGGAGCCGCGCUGGGCCCCCUGCUGGCUGGGCUCAUCUCCCCCUCUGGAUGGAGCAAUGUCUUUUACAUGCUGAUGUUUGCAGAUGCCUGUGCCUUAUUGUUCCUGAUCCGCCUCAUACACAAGGAGCUGAGCUGCCCGGGGACGGCAACCAGCAACCAAGUUCUGUUCAAGGAACACUGACCAUGUGAGUCCCAUGGAAGGAGUCUGGGCCCAUCCUCCACAAACUGUCUUUCAAGGAAAAGUUCAAAUAAAGGAUCCUGUGUUGAAAAGAAUGAUUUACCCUUGCCUUUUGCACAUGCACCUGGAAAGACACAAAAGCCAACUUGAGAAUUCCUGGUACUAUUUAGAACAAGAUGUGGGGCUCAGGACAGCAGUGAGUAAAACCCAUGGAAACUGCCGCCCGACUGCCUUAACUGACCCUCCAGCCACGGGCCCCGCGGGCAUGUCUGUCCAGCCCUCAAAAGAUUGUGGCACAACACAGGAUGACGCGUGGCACCUAGGCGGUCUCUGUCUCUCUCAGGUACUUCAGCAACAGAAUGUUACAGGGUGUGCACUGUGCUGGCAGGAGCUCUGGUAACAGCAUGCUGUCGUGUCCAGAGAACCUGAAUGUGCUGUGUGGGAAAACAGGACACUGGAGCGCACAAGAAAAGUGCCAGCCAGCAAAGAGCCAGACUCUACAUGACAUCAGAAAGCCCAGCAACUGGGUCAGAAACCAAGACCAAACUUAGACCCCUCACAUCACCCAGAGCUUUUUCCAGCACUUUCCAUUUCUGUACUGACCUGACAACUGUCAUUGUUGAGAAGUGAACAGUGACGAAGCAAUAAACCUGCCAACGGGAGGACGGCAACCAGAAUGCCAGCCCCAGAGCACCCUAAUCGCUGGCAUUCAAACCCCGGGAGCUCCUGCUGCCGUCAGGGCUGCAGCAGGGGCCUGGAAGGGGGCUUUGCAGUUGGUGCUGGGAGGAGCGGGUCUCCAGCCUAGCAACUUGAUUCACCCAUGACACACACAAACACCUGGGACUGAUUUUAGGCACGUAGCAACAGAGCAGGUUAUUUAUUUAGAGUGUGUAAUGUGUUAUAUGGCAUUUAAGAAACAUAAAUGGCUUCUGUUAUUUAUUAAGACAAACUCCAAUUGUUCUUUUGCCAUUUGUUUUCUCAGUUUUGUCUAGCAAAAUACUUAUCUGCCCUUUGAAAUAAAAUGUUUUUU